CACAAAAUUUUCGCUUUUCUCGCACUCGUCGAAGCCUUGUUUGAAUCAAAACGAGUCGCCCGUUAUAAAAUUGCAAUUCCUCGCAUCUAAUACGCUUGGGGAACAAGACACAAUGUAAAGAAUAGUGUUGUACUUAAGACGUGGACUAUUUCCUUCGCGGAACCCGAAGAUAUGCUUUUCGUCCCUCUUCGUACUCCGUAGAAUCCCUCCAAAACGUGAAUAUGGCGUCCUUCCGUAACCUAGUCCCAUUUUCUAUUUGAAUGCACGUUUCUAACGCGUUCAUUUUACUUAAACCCUCGAGGUGUAUUGUAUUAGGAUUACUAUCGCGUUGCGUGUCGCUUUUAAACUGCCUCGCAGAUUGCACACGGGGCUAAAAAAGAAAUUAAACAUCCCGUUUAUUAAUAGCUGUUUCCAGUGGCGUCAUUGGCAAGAUGUCGGCACCGCAGAACGAGUUUCGGAAGCGCGGCAAGAAGCACUUCGGGGGCGGCCAGUAUCACGCGAAACGAUGGCGGGGCUCCAGGGAGCUGGAGGUGGGCAUGCAGGGCAUCCUGAUCACAUGUAACAUGAACCAGAGGAAGUGCACGGCGGAGGCCUUCAACCUGCUCAGCGAGUACGCGGACAAGCUCUACGGACCCGAGAAGGUCAGUGAACGCACCGCCCAGUUGGAAGAGGACGCCGGAGGCUGCAGCGAAGAAGAUGUCGAGGAGGCUCUGAAGAAAGAGGUGACACAGCUGCGAGCGUAUGACGGCAGUCAGCAGCGACGUUUCCAAGCCCUGGAGAGCGGGGCCAACAACGUCAUCUUCAUCAGAACUCGCAAUCUGGAGUCCGACAAGUUGGUUCAUCACAUCCUGGCCGAUCUGCACGCUACCAAGAAGAAGAAGACACGCCUCAUCCUUCGCAUGCUGCCGGUAACGGGCACAUGCAGGGCCUUCCCGGAGGAAAUGAUGAGGUAUCUGUCUACCUUUCUGGAGCCUUGGUUCAAGAAGCCCAACUGCGCCAGUUACCAGAUUGCCUUCAAGUCGCGAAACAACAACUACAGCAAGAGAUGCGACCUCAUCAAGGCCAUUGCCACCCUGGUGGGCAAGCUGAACCCCAGAAACAUGGUGAACCUGACCCAGCCGGACCUCACCAUCAUCUUGGAGGUGAUCAAGACCGUGUGCUGUGUCAGCGUGGUCCGCGAGUAUACACGCUACAAGAAGUACAACCUGCAGGAAGUGGUCAAAGAAGAAGAGCCCAAGAAGGAAGAGGGCAACACCGUAGCCGAAAAGGCAGCCGAGGCACCCGCCGGCGAGGCGGAAGCGGCCACGGAGGAGGAAGGCGGUACCGUAACUGAAAAGGCAGCCGAGGAAGCGGCCAUGGAGGAAGAAGACAAAACCGUAACGGAAAAGGCAGCCGAUGCACCGGCCGGCAAGGAGGACGCGGCCAAAGCGGAGGAAGUCGCCACCGUAACCGAAAAGCCAGCCGAGAGCCCCGCCGAUGAGGAUCAAGCGGCCAAGGAGGAGGAAUGCAGCGACGUAACCGAAAAAGUGGCCGCAGCACCUGCCAGAGAGGAGGAAGCGGCCGAGAAGGGGGCAGGCGACACGGUUGCCCAACCAGCAGCAGGCAGCGGCGAGGAAGGCGACACCGUAACCGAACCAGCAACCGUUGGUUCCAGCGAGGAGGCGAAGCAGGAAGAAUCCGCAAUGGAGGACGAUGAUAAUAAGGUGGAAGGGGAUGGAGAGUAACUGUUUUUGUAGUUGUUGUUGUUGUUCUAUUGCUGGGUGGGUUUUUUUUUUUCAAACAUGGUUUGACAGUUUUUGUCAAGGGGGGUUAGUUAGCCGUUUGUCUUUUUAACCUUCCAAUGUUGUUCUGAUCUUGACUUUUAGAUUUUACAUGUGUCACAUUCAGUUUUUCUGUGAAGAAACAUACGGAAUUAAACAUGGUUUAUACUGUA